AUGUAAGUCACCGCACGGCAAGCGUCCUGUCGCUUCUGCCACGACUGCCUGCCCGCAUUACUUAGUAGCCUGCAUCUACAGUAUAAAUUGCUACGUAUCCCAGUCGUUUGUUCCCGCUGCUCGUCCGGGUGAAUUCAUCUAAACUCCUUGCUGUGGUCGUCUAAGCGGAUUGCACUGGUUUGACUGCCGUCCCCACCGAAAAUCAAGGCGGCAUGUCUAGAAGCGCGCGACUCCAAGGGAGAUCUUCUACCUGGCAAACCACAGCAUCAUUGCCUAUCAUAUCUCUUCAUAAAUUCCUUUGAUCCAGAGAUUUGUUCCUGGAUUUGGCCCUUUUCUACCUUUUGUCUUUUUUCUACUCCAGAAAACGCUCCCAAAAAUGAGCUUCGACCGUCCACUCCACGGCGGUUGCCACUGCGGCCGGAAUCGUUACAUCAUCCAGUUUCCUCAGGACAAACCACCAGGUCAUAUCGUACAGGUGCUCUUCGAUUCGCGCACUUCACAAAAUUCCUCCCACUUUCAAGCGACCGGCAGUCCGCUCCCGGCCUACCUCCGGGUGCCAUUGACUUGGUACCACAGUAUCACUUCGGCCUUCAACCCAGACGAGACCAACGCGCAGAUCAAGCGAGUCUACACAUCCCCGCGCGAACAGCACGCGAUGCGUCACUUUUGCGGCUUUUGCGGAACACCCUUGUCAUACUGGACCGAGGAGCCCCGCAGCGAAGCAGAGUUUAUCCAGCUCACACUUGGCAGCUUGUCGCCCCGCGACUUGGCCGACUUGGAGGACCUGGGUUUCUUGCCAAGCCCCGGUUCUGCUUCUGGAUCCGACGAAGAGGAGGCAGGGGAGACCGGGGCCGGGGAGAGAGAUGAUGUCAGCGCCAUGCUUGAUGAGGACGCCACGAGGAAUCAACAAGAUCUGGCGCCACCUGUUGGGAGAGUCGGCGUGGUGCCUUGGUUCGAAACUCUCACAGAAGGGAGCCGAUUGGACAUGCUGCGCAAGGCAAAGGGACAGCGUAUGAACAAGAGCGGCGUGGUGAGGGUGGAAUGGGAAGUCGUUGAGUGGAGUGAGGAGGAGGAUCUGGCGAGGCCGAGGAACGGUAAGCGGAAGAUUAGCGAACUCGACGAGACUCCGGGCAUGGAGGGGUUACAGGGUGGAGGUAAAUGACUAGCCUCAAAUUGCUGAAUGAUUCGGGCGAUUGUUGGUAUUGUUCUCGCUUCUUUUACUGGUGGUCUUCUUGGCUCCACCGUAAGCAUAUCGGAUCUGGACGCAGCACUGCCUUUUCGAGCAAAAUUUCCUGAGACGCAGGAGAACUCCGAUGGUACGCGUGUUUGGCGUGGCCAGGUCGUGAGAAAGGCCAGUCGCGGUUGACAAUCAUUCAGGAGCACUGCGUGGUUCUGGACAAUCAUCAUUUCACACGACGUGCUGAUGCUCAUCAACCUACCUGGGGCGGGAGACAUCACGCUGAGCUGGUUGAUAGAGUCGCGUUCCAGUCGCCAGCCGCAGCUUGAGUGUAAUGAGAAAUUAGGUUGGCGCGAGGUUCCCAAACACAGC